GCAAAGAUGAUUCAGGCAAUCCUGGUUUUCAAUAACCACGGGAAGCCGCGGCUUGUCUGCUUCUACCAGCGUUUCCCAGAAGAAAUUCAACAGCAGAUUAUUCGAGAGAUCUUACAUCUAGUUCUCAAACGGGAUGACAACAUCUGUAACUUCUUGUGGGGUGGAAGUUUGAUCGGUGGGUCUGACUACAAACUGAUUUAUCGGCAUUAUGCUACCCUCUACUUUGUAUUUUGUGGGGAUUCAUCAGAGAGUGAACUUGGGAUCUUGGACCUCAUCCAGGAUCUUGUGGAGACUCUGGACAAGUGUUUCAAAAAUGUUUGUGAAUUGGAUUUGAUCUUCCAUAUGGAUAAGGUGCGCUACAUUCUUCAGGAGGUGGUGAUGGGCAGGAUGGUGUUGGAAAUAAACAUGAAUGAAAUCGUGGCUCAGACUGAAGAUCAGAACAGGCUGGAGAAAUCCGAGGGUGGCCUUUCAGCAGCGCCCGCCCGGGCCGUGUCCACCGUGAAAAACAUCGGCCUGCUGGAGAUACCUCGGAUUAUCAACACUGGCGAUCUCAACAUCAAGGUCCCCAACCCAUCGCAGUUUGUCUGA